AUGGAUCAUCGAGCCACGAACCCUCAAUUCGAUAUUGUAGAAUGGUAUCCUCAAUUCCUAAGUUGUCAUCGAUACUUUCUGGACGUCGCCCAGCAUACACAGCCGGUCAAGGCGUUGGCGGCGUUCAUCAACAUCCAACUACCAUGUCAGAAACAUCCGAAUCCCACCAUGUCUGCGAAUGCUCCUUCACCACACAUGCCUGAUAUGGGGGGACUGAUGCGACCGCAAGGUCUUUUUGGGAACAAUCCACCCGCAGGACAUGGACCGGCCAUCUCUCUGACGCCAUAUCUACGUCGUCUCGUAGCGACCGGACACGAUUCGCCAGGUGUCUUGCAUGGAUUCUUUGGCGAUGAUUGGGUAGGAGGAGUAGGAUCGUUACAUGAGAUUGAGCGAAGAAAUUACCUUUUUGCCGCGAAGAGCGCAAAUUGGUUAAAGGUCAAAGAUGCAUACGAUAUGUCGCCGCAAGAGACAAUCCCAUUCUUGAGGCCAUUACGAGAAGCGACGGAGAAAGAAUUGGAAUCGGCCGAUUCAACGUGGGGAGAAUGGAUGAUGAUGCAGGAUUGGAUGUUGGGUCCGAGAGAGUUUCAAAGAGACUUUGAGCCAUCGUCGAGAGGCAUGAAUCAUGGCCAAUCACCUCGAGUGAAAAGGGAACCGGGACUGCGAGACUGA